AUGCCAUUUCAACCUCUCAAACAUUCAUUACGCAGAACCCCUGAAAUGGCAUUUAUUCACGCAUUAGCAGCCGCAACAACAGCAAGCUUCAUAGCGCGAGCUUGUCGUGAUGGACAACUUGCAUCAUGUGGCUGUUCUCGCUCAGCAAGACCGAACCAACUACAUGAAGAUUGGACUUGGGGUGGAUGUGGUGAUGAUUUAGAGUUCGGCUACAAAUUUUCGCAAAACUUUAUUGAUAUCCGGGAAAAGGAACGAAAACGAGGUGCACGAGGAUUAGUAACGGUGCCAACGAAAAAUGAGGCAAUGGGAAACGAGACAUCUGCAGAUAAUGCGACGACAGUUUCAACAACAUUGAAUCCCGAAGAGCAAGCAAAAGCAGAUGAUAUGCUGAAACUUCAACAAAAAAUUACUCAAGAACUUCUCAAUUCAAACUUGAAAGAGAAUGAACGAAAUGAAUUGCAGGAAAAAAUCAACAAAGAAAUUCUUAACUCAAAACUUUUUGUCAGCAAUGCAGAAGAAAAUGUCGGACGUAAAAAAGGUGGACGUUACAAGCAAUCAUCUGUGAAGGCUCGUUCAUUAAUGAACUUGCAUAACAAUGAAGCAGGUCGUAGAGCUGUUAUUAAAAAGCACAGAAUAAUCUGCAAAUGUCAUGGUGUCAGUGGAUCUUGCAGUCUUGUGACGUGUUGGCAGCAAUUAAGCACAAUCCGAGAGAUUGGUGAUUUCUUACGAGAACAAUACGAACAAGCGACUCAAGUUAAAAUGAAUAAACGAGGUCGACUUCAAGUGAAAGAUCCUCGAUAUAAAGUUCCAACUGCAGUUGAUCUCGUUUAUCUUGAUGAAAGUCCCGAUUGGUGUCGUGUGAAUAAGCAACUUCAAUGGCCUGGUAAUUGUUAA